AUGGCUUUCGAACUCGGCACCCCGGUCAACACCGCGCUCCUCGUCUACAUCCUUUACUCCAUCCAACGUAUCCUUUUCCCCUCGAAUGCGCUUCCCAAGACGAUCCCGAACGAGUUCAAGAAUGGGUACACAUGGAUGCCCAAAUCCCAUGCUCCGACGCUCCUCUAUCAGACCUACACCCCCAAAACCCUCUCACCCCACAACGGACAGGAUGGAAAGCGAAUCCUGCUUGCCAUCAAGGGCGUGGUGUACGAUGUGACGGCGGGAAGGAACUUCUACGGCCCGAACGGCAUGUAUGCCAACUUUGCGGGGAGGGAUGCGUCGCGGGGGAUGGCGAAGCAGUCGUUCGAUGAAGAGAUGCUCACUCCCAUCGACCAGCCCCUGGACAAGCUGGAGAAUCUUACCCCCGAGGAAAUUGACAAUAUGAAGGGUUGGAUGGAUCACUUCUCCACCAAGUACAUCGUCUGUGGCAAGCUCGUCGAGAACGAUGCCGCAUAG